AUGGAAUUUGGUAUCAAGAAGUGCAGAGUACUUGUGAUGAAAAAAGGUCGCCAUCACAAAAGUGGCAUAGAAUUAGCAUCGGAAGACAAAAUCAAAGAGAUCGACCUCGAGGAAGGAUACAAGUACCUAGGUGUACUUGAAGCAGAUAGUAUAAAGGAAAAGAUCAUGAAAGAGAAUGUUCGAAAGGAGUACAUCAGAUGGGUAAAAGAGAUACAGAGGUCAAAGCUUAAUAGAAGAAAUACCAUCUCUGCAAUUAACGCAAGAGCUGUAUCAAUUAUAAGAUACAUAGCAGGAACUGUGGGCUGGAAGACAGAUGAACUCCAGUCAUUAGAUCGCAGGACAAGGAAGCUUUUGACUACAUACAAUAUGUUUCAGAGCAAAGGAGAUGUAGAUCGAUUAUAUCAGCAAAGAUCAGAAGGAGGAAGGAAGAAGGAAGAUUGCGUCCUAAUUGAAAAGUCCUGUCUGUACUGCUAUGUAUCUGUGAGCGAAGAAUUGCUGUUAAAGGAGAGUUUGAACGAAAGUGUGGUUGCUGUGGGUCAUGAUAAAGAGACUGUUUUGACCAUCAGAAAGAGUAAAUUUCUAGAGAAGAAACUUCACAGUGUAUUCUUCAAGGCAAUCGAAUUCAGAGACGUGAAGAGAUAUGAAUGGUUGAGGAAGGGUGAUUGGAAGAAGGCCGCAGAGGGGACACUGAUGGCUGGUCAAGAACAGGCUAUUAGGACAAGAUCAAUACAACACCGAAUUGAUAGAGUUGAUAUUCCUCCCAAUUGCAGAAUCUGUGACGAACGCGAAGAGACUGUUGCUCAUAUAGUUUCUGAAUGCGGAAAGCUUGCGCAAAAACAGUAUAAACAAUGGAGGCAAGACAACGUAGCCCAGACCAUACACUGGCAGCUUUGCAAAGAUAAUAGCUUAGAACACAACGAGCAGUGGUAUGAUCACCGGCCAAAGGCUAUAGUCGAAAACGAAAGCUUUAAGCUCCUCUGGGACAUGCGCAUUCAAACUGAUAGGGAACUGGCCUACAAUAACCCAGAUAUCAUCGCCUUCAACAAGGAUAAACGAACAUGUCUCAUUAUCGAUGUCACCUGUCCAUUUGACUACAGGCUCCCUGAGGGAGAAAGAGAAAAGAUCGACUGCUAUGAUGAACUUAAACGGGAACUAAAGAGAAUAUGGAACUGUAGAGAAAUAAAGAUAGUUCCCAUUGUUAUCGGGGCUUUUGGCACUAUCUCCACAAGAUCUCAUUCAUAG